AGUGUCACCGGAAUACCGUGAAGCAUGAAAGUUCAGGUUGCUGACGUUAGGGAGGUCGUGGAUGGGGAAGACGAAGACGGGUCCUAAAGUGAAUGGGAGGAGGAUGAAGGCGGGGACCCAAUUUGUGAAGAAGGGGAUGGGGUACGCGGAUUGGGUGGCGGGGGCGGUCGAUUGGGAGGAUGUGGGAUGGGGAGGAGUAGAGAAGGUCGGAAUGUCAGCCAAUCAGGGGGAGGAUGUAGGAACCGAUGAAGUGGAGGUGAAAAAAUGCGAAGGUUGCAGGGUAAGGAAUCGAGUUUGUGUAGGGCGAUACGGACAAGGUUGGGAAGAAGAGAUUGGAAGGCAGGAAGAGGGACUCAGCGCGGAGGGAAGGAGCAGGCUUGUAAGGAAAGGAGAGCAGGAUAAUGACGAAGGGCCUGAAUCACGAGAGGGAUACGGUAAAUGUGAAUAUGCAGGUGAUGGAGAGAGCAAUGAAGAGAGAAAGAGCGACAGACAGAGGAAGAGAGGAAAGGACACACCAGACUGCAGAGGCCACACCAAGUAUUGGAGUAGGAGCUCGAAGAAGAUCUUAACAGGGAAGAGAAAGGCGUGGAGAACGAGGGGAAGAGAGGCGACAGACAGGACAAGGAGACAAGAGAAUGGGAAUAGCGGAUUUGGGAUGAUAUCUGCGCCGCAUGGGCUGGAGCGGGGCGAUGCGGGAACCCCCCGCGCCCAGUCCCGCGCAAAGAAACGUCGGGACCCGGCUUCGCACAAGCCGGACUGCAGGUGUGUGAUUUGCGAACAGAGAAGACGGAAGGGAGCCGCCUUCAUGCCCAGUGCUUUGCCAUUAGAUGGGCAUUCGACUGAUGCGGCUAUACUGAAAGCGUGUCGUGCUUUCCAGUUGGAGUGUGGGAGGGGCACGGAGGAUGGAGAGGAGAAAGGAGCUAAGAUCCCCGUAUCGGAAAGCUUUCCUUCCUUCGAUCAAGACUUUCGAGUGAUGAGAGAGGGAGCGUGGGAGGGAUGGCCUGGGGUUGACAUGGGCGGUCAGGGAGAGGACUACGGCGCCGCGGGCAUGGACAGGGAGGCUGAGGACUUAAUUGAGGGCAGUGGGCUCGCCGGCAAUGGCCCUGACUGUCGGGAUCGAGCGGGCGGUUAUCCGAUGGAGGCAAGGAGGGGCGAACGCUAUACCCCGCAUGGAGAAGGUGGCGGUGACGGAAGCCUUGCUGCCGCCGUGGCGGACGUCAUCCGAGGCGCCAAUGACGAGGACGAUGAUGACAGCCCGGAUGGUGGUGACGUAGGAGGUGGGGAUAGGCAAGUAGCAGCCGAGGGACGACGGAGAGUAGCUGGCGAAGGGGCAGUCGUGGGGGUUGCUGGGCUUGGUGACGAGCUAGACCGAACAGGGGAAGAAGGAAUCAAUGCCAACUACGAAGGUGACGGACGAGUGGAACUUGCGCAAGCGAGAGUAGACGUCCAGCAUCAGGAUGCUCGGAUAGACGAGGCCGGGAAAAGGAAGCAGCCAGAAAAUUGGGCAGAGGUUGGGAAGCGCGAUGAGGAGGAGCUGUCCGAGGAGGAGGUGGAGGAGGAGGAGGUGGAGGAGGAGGAGGUGGAGGAGGAGGAGGUGGAGGAGAUGGAGGAGGAAGAGGAGUCUUAUGUGCACGGAGGUCAAGGUCAAGGUCUUACAUCCAGAGCGGUGAUGAAGGUGGGAGCGGACGUUGGGGGCGUGGAAGGUGACGUGGGAAGCGGGGGGCUAUCGUUCGGGGUUGUGCCUUAUAAGGUAAGGGCUGAUUGCGGCUUUUCGGUAGUGGGUCGGGCCAGGCAAGCGGUCGCACGAACGCUGGGUGCGCGGCAAAAGGGAAAGAGAGGGAGUGGAAGAUCCGCUAAAGUACCUUCCAUUGGGAAGAGGGGCGGUGGCGUGCAAAAUCACAAGCCGGAGUGCCCAUGCAUUGUCUGCAAACAGGCUAGAGUGAAAAUGAAGAGAAUGAAGGAGGAAGGGAUGAAGGGAGGGGCCACGCCAUUGCCGUCGCCAUCACCGGCGGCAAUGUUUCAAGCGAGAAUGCCGAAGAAGAAAUUGAAAUUAGCGGCGCCGCACUGUGGGAGUAUUAGAGAGAGACGCGGUGCAGGCGAGAAGCGCGAUGGAGUGGGGAGAGGGAGAGGGAGAGAAGGGGUAAUGGAGAGGGUGGACGGUGGUGGUGUAGAUUGCGAGAAAAACGAAGGGGUAGGGGAAAGAAAGAGAGGCCGCGAGGGGGAAUUCGGGGAUACCGAGGGGCAGAGGACUCGGCGAAGAUUAGAAAAUAUGAACGGGAUACGGAGGGGGGGCAUAGGGGUGGGCGGCGGUGGGGGAGGUGCCCGGGAGCUAGCUGGCGAAGAGUGGGAUGAGGAUGGUCACGGAAGGCGAUCGAACGAGACCGAAGAGAGUGAGGGCGCAGAUCGCGGGGAUAGCCACGGUGGCGAUGCUGUCCAACGUGUUGAUGACGACGGGGAAGAGGAAGAUGAUGAGGAAGAUGAUGAGGAAGAUGGUGAGGAAGAUGAUGAGGAAGAGGAUGAGGAUGAUGAGGAUGAUGAGGAUGAGGAUGAUGAGGAUGAUGUCGAGGAGGAAGGCGCUGGCGUCCAUGGUGGUGAAGAAGGUGAGGAGGGAGGAAACAACCAGUAUGAUGAUCAGGAAGAGGAAAUUGGGGAUGAACAUGACAAAGGGAACGGAGAAAUGCGCGGAAAGAAGAAGUUGAAGAGCUUUGGCGAUUGCGAAGUGCCAGGAGGAAGGGUGUCGAACAGGGAAAGAGAAGCUGGAGCAGCUUUUACAAAUCCAUCUUCAUCGGGGCCAAGGAAAAGGGUGGUGAGAGUGUCGUCCGCCGUAUUGGCGAUUCCGAGAGAGUACGAGCUCUACAGAGAAGACAGGGGGCAGCAUCCAGAUGGGCGACGAUACCGGCACUUCAUAGUAAGGACACGUGAAGGAAAGGAACAACUUGCUGCAACUGCAGUGGCUGCAAGCCCAUCAUCCACGUUUAUUUAUACAACAUCCCCAAACUUUGGGAGCUUCACGUUCAAAAGUUCUCGAGAAGCUGCUGUUUGGCUAGGUGCUCGCAUCAGAGGACGACCAGUAGAUGGGGUUCGCAAGCGGCUGUUCCGAGGGCCAGGAGGGGAAAAGCUGUCAAAAAAGCGACCGUUGAAGAAGCGAUUGGCUACUGCUGAUGGAUCAGGCAAUACGGGAAGGCAGCAGUUUGGGGAAGGAAAUGUCCGUUCUCUUGACCGGAGGGUAAACCAUUCUGAAGAUGCUUCUAGAUCCAAUCCUGAGGGAAAUCAAAGACAAGUCAUAGGAACAGAAGUCGGUGAACAGACUGACAUGUCACAAACGUUGGCUCAUAUUGUGACAUAUCUUACCUUUCUUGAGGAGAAGAUUGAUAGACAGCAAAAUCAGUUGGAUGAAAUCAUUGUUGGAUUGAGAACAAUUGCUAAUAUUGUGAAAGGUAAGAAUCAGAUUCAGGGAGAAGAAGAACAAGAAGAGAAGAAGGAGAAGAAAGUAGUAAAGAAGUUGAUGGGGGACGCAAUAAAGUCUGCUGGUCCCGUGAUAAAGACAAAUGGAAAUGGAUCCAAUGGAAAUGGAUCAAGUCAACCAUCUACUCCUCACUCUUCUCAUUCUUCUAAGUCUACUCCUAAAGAAACUCCAGAAAAGACAAGCGCUGAACCCGAAAAACCGAAGAAGAAAGAAAAGGUGAAGAUGAAGUUGCCAUUUACGUUUUGCAACAAGAAAGAAGAAAGUCUGUUGUUGUGGAUUGCAGAAAUCCAGACGUAUGUGAGUACCGCACCGGUCGAGCCGGAGUCCCAAGUCACGUUCACCACUUCUUGCAUGGGUGGUGAGGCCAAGGAAUGGGUGUUGGUCGAGGCCAAUGUGGCGGGUUUCGAAGAUAUCGGUGAGUGGGCAAAGACAUUGACGCCAGGAUUGAAUUUGCAGGACAGCCAAGUGUUGUACAACUAUUCCCGCGCGUUGCCUGAGCCCAUCCGGGGACACUUAGUCACUGAAGCGAAAUCCGGUAAGUACAACUACAGGCAAUUUCGUGACCUUGCCCUGCAAAGGGAACAAAUGACUUUUCAAGUCAAGAAUUCCUAUGCAGCGGUAGUCAAGUCUGGAGUAGGAGGAGGAAGACAGUACAAUGGGAAACGAGUUCUCUGCCGACAGAAGCGCCAGGACCACACCCUUGUCGUGUUUGAUGACGACACAGUGGAAAAGUGGCCGAACGAGGAGAAUGAUAACAACAGUGACUCCGGGAAGGGGGAAGUCACUGCUGUUGUGGCCAAUAAGGGAGGACCACCCAGGACAGGAGGGAAGAAACAAAGAGCGUUUCCAUGGCACCCUGGCAUUGCAGAUGGGAAGCCAUGGGUCGAAAUGGGUAUGACUAGAAAGACUUGGCAGGAGCGCAUGGACAAUGCGCAAUGUCUCAAGUGCGACACAGCGGGACAUGUGAUCGCCUACUGCCCUCAGAUCCGGAACCCAAAAGCGAACAGCCAGUAGGAGUAGCAUCUGCUCCUACUGAGAUUAAGGGUAAGAACGAACAAACAGGUAAGGCGCCU